AUGGAUCUUCGCGUCGACAUCGUCGAGACGAGGCUCUGCCUUGACCUUCGCAGGAGGCCACCAGGUAAGUGAAUUUGCUUUGUUUCUUCCCUUUGUCUGUUGAAGUUCCGUAUUGUAUGCUGCUCUUGUUGCAUGCCCUCUAAAUGUUAGUCUGUCUGAUAACAUCUAGAUGAAACUCUUGAUGCCUGCUGUGACUGUCUGUCUGCUAAUAGCUAGGUGUUACUGUGCUUGAUCUUGAAGUAUGCCCUCUCAAUUCUGACUCUGACUUAUAACUGUGUUUGCUUGCCCACUCUAGCUAGCACUAAGUCCCAUAGCGUUCUGAUGUGUGUAUCCUCUCAACAACAUCAUCACCAUCACCACCAAGGUCCCAGGCUAAUUCGGGUCGUUCUCUCACUAACAAAACGUCGUGGCCCAUAGUGGAGUCCGGCAGCCGUCUGGGAUAACCGGGCAGCCCUAUUCAGGGAUGCGUUGCCUGCCCUCGCGAGGGGAGGGGCUAGAAAAGGUGGCCUAAACAUUGCUGGGAACCACGCUGCCUGCAGGCUGGCCGUGACCGCAGACAAAAAACACACGGUUGAAACAGCUAAAAUCGAAACAACACCAACAACAACAAUCACUCUCGUCCUCUUCCAGCCUAUUCUUCUUCUUCUUCUUCUUCUUCUUCUUCUUCUUCUUCUUCUUCUUAUCCCCCCUACUUUUCGUCGCUGCAGUCGCCAGACUGGCAGAGUGAGCCCGCUCGCGUAUCGACAAUCACCGUUCACGAACUCCUCUUCGCCGACGACUGCGCCCUGAACACCACCUCGGAAGAGGAGAUGCAACUCAGCAUGAACCUCUUCUCCGCCGCCUGCGAGAACUUUGGUCUGGUCAUUAACACGCAGAAGACGGUGGUGAUGCACCAACCGCCACCCCACUCAGCCACAGCCCGCAACGCAUCGCCGCAAAUCAGCGUGAACGGAACCCAACUGCAGGUGGUGGAGAACUUCCCGUACUUGGGCAGUACCCUCUCCCGCAACACCAAGAUCGACGACGAAGUCGCCAACAGGAUCUCGAAAGCCAGCCAAGCCUUCGGCCGCCUCCAAAGCACAGUUUGGAAUCGUCACGGUCUUCAACUAGCACAAAGCUGA